AUGAGUAGAAAACAAAAUUUUAUUGAGUAAGAAGAAAUUUUUGAAUGUCCUUCAGAUACUUCUUAUAGAAAUUAAUAAUAUACUCCAAGAAGAGGAUUGAUAUUAGGUCAUUAUUGGAAUUCAUCUUAAUAUCUUUAAUCAAGUGCAAAGUAAUAGAGAUCGAUCUUUACCAGACAAAGUUAAUAAGUUUAUAACAAUUCUUCAAAGCAAACUAAGGCAAAUAGCUAAGUUCCAGCAUUUGAUGAUUUACUUGAUCAAAAAGAAUAUAGUGCUAAAUAACAAAAAGCAAUGCCCUAUUUUGGGACUUUUAGUUAAGUCUAACAAGUAAGAUUUUGUUUGAGUUUUUACUUUAGAAAGGAGAGGAUGAUGAAAACUUUUAUAAUUAAUUGGGAAACAUACAAUAAUAAAUGAUUGCUUUAGAUUUGACAAUGGAAAAAUUGGAAUCGAAAAUGCAAGAUAUUAAAAUAUAGUAGCUGAAUUUCUUGAAUUGUAAGAACAACAAUAUAGCAAUUGAGUAGGAAGUCUGUGAGAAACAAUAACAAAAAUAUUAUUCUAAUAAUAACAGUAAUUAAUGGAAAGUAUUUAAUUUAAAGAAAGAAAUAUAAGAUGAAUAAAUUGGUAUAUAAUUCUUAUUAAUAAGUAGUUGAGUUAGGUAAACCUGAUGAUUUUGAGAAACUCUAGAUAGUAUAUAUCUAAUAAAACAUAAAUGGGAUAGUGGGAAGAUUGAGUCACUUACUAUAAAAUCAAUCAUAAUAAAAGUUAAGUUUUAGAAAUACUGAAAUUGAUGAAGGAGAAAUUUGCUUUACCUUUAACAAAAAUUUGAAUCGAUUUUAAAAGAUAUAUAAAUGUAAAUUCUGUCCUUUAACAUUUCAAAAGGCUUGCUCUUUAGGGUAAAAAUUGUAUAAUAUAAUUUUUAGUGGUCAUAUUUCAAGAUCUCAUAAAGAGGAGUCUUAAUAAAGUAAAAAAGAAGCAUAACCAAUAAAGAAGACGAGCAUUUAAAAAUAAAAAAAGGCAUCUCUAUAAAAAUCAAUAGGUAUGUAACUUAUGAGAUUAUGA